GCCCCAGGCGGCGGCAUGAGCAGGGCCCCGCCGCCCGGGAAGAUGCCUGGCGACCCCGAGGAGGCCGGGCCCGGGGACGGGGCCGCCGACCGCCGCAGGAAGCUGGACGCGCUGCUUCGGGACCCGCGCUCACCUAUCAACGUGGACAGCCUGCUGGAUGGCUUAAAUUCCUUGGUCCUUGAUUUGGAUUUUCCAGCCUUGAGGAAAAAUAAGAAUAUAGAUAAUUUCUUAAAUAGAUAUGAGAAAGUUGUGAAAAAAGUCCGAGGCCUGCAGAUGAAGGCGGAAGACUAUGAUGUUGUAAAAGUCAUCGGGAGAGGAGCUUUCGGUGAAGUGCAGUUGGUUCGUCAUAAGGCAUCACAGAAUGUGUAUGCCAUGAAGCUGCUUAGUAAGUUUGAAAUGAUCAAAAGAUCAGAUGCUGCUUUUUUCUGGGAAGAAAGAGAUAUUAUGGCCUUUGCCAAUAGUCCCUGGGUGGUUGAGCUCUUCUGCGCCUUCCAAGAUGAUAAGUAUCUAUAUAUGGUCAUGGAAUACAUGCCUGGUGGGGACCUUGUAAACCUGAUGAGUAACUACGAUGUGCCUGAGAAGUGGGCCAAGUUCUACACUGCAGAAGUGGUUCUGGCUCUGGAUGUGAUUCACUCCAUGGGUCUGAUCCACAGGGAUGUCAAGCCUGACAACAUGCUGCUGGAUAGGCAUGGGCACCUGAAGCUGGCAGACUUUGGCACCUGUAUGAAGAUGGAUGAGACAGGCAUGGUGCACUGUGACACAGCGGUCGGAACCCCAGACUACAUAUCACCAGAGGUUCUGAAAUCGCAAGGGGGCGACGGUUAUUACGGGAGAGAGUGUGACUGGUGGUCUGUCGGGGUUUUCCUUUUUGAAAUGCUAGUGGGAGAUACUCCGUUUUAUGCAGAUUCACUUGUAGGAACUUACAGCAAAAUUAUGGAUCAUAAAAAUUCACUAUCUAUCCCCGAAGAUGCAGAAAUUUCUAAACAUGCAAAGAAUCUCAUCUGUGCCUUCUUAACAGAAAGGGAGGUACGCCUUGGGAGAAAUGGGGUAGAAGAAAUCAAACAGCAUCCUUUCUUUAAGAAUGAUCAAUGGAAUUGGGAUAACAUAAGAGAGACGGCAGCUCCUGUAGUGCCUGAGCUCAGCAGUGACAUAGACAGCAGCAACUUCGAUGAUAUUGAGGAUGAUAAAGGAGAUGUCGAAACCUUCCCAAUUCCUAAAGCUUUUGUGGGAAAUCAGCUGCCCUUUAUAGGAUUUACCUACUAUAGAGACGAUUUGUUGUUAAGCGACUCUCCGCCUUGCAGAGAAAGUGACUCAGUACAAUCAAGGAAAAAUGAAGAAAGUCAAGAGAUUCAGAAAAAACUGUAUAGCUUAGAAGAACGCUUUAACAGUGAGCUACAAGCCAAAGAGGAGCUCGAGCAGAAGUGCAAAUCUAUCAAUACUCGCCUAGAGAAAACAGCAAAGGAGCUAGAAGAAGAGAUUACCUUACGGAAAAAUGUGGAAUCAGCAUUAAGACAAUUAGAAAGAGAAAAGGCGCUUCUUCAGCACAAAAAUGCAGAAUAUCAAAGGAAAGCUGAUCACGAAGCAGACAAGAAACGAAAUUUAGAAAAUGAUGUCAACAGCUUAAAAGAUCAACUUGAAGAUUUGAAAAAAAGAAACCAGAACUCUCAAAUAUCUACCGAGAAAGUGAACCAGCUACAGAGACAGCUGGAUGAAACGAAUGCUUUGCUGCGAACAGAAUCUGAUACUGCAGCCCGGUUGAGAAAGACCCAGGCGGAAAGUUCCAAACAGAUUCAACAGCUGGAAUCCAACAACAGAGAUCUGCAGGAUAAAAACUGCCUGCUAGAGACUGCCAGGUUAAAACUGGAAAAGGAGUUUAUCAAUCUUCAGUCUGCUCUGGAGUCAGAAAGGAGGGACUGGACCCACAGAUCAGAGAUCAUCAGUGACUUACAAGGUAGAAUAUCUGGCCUAGAAGAAGAUUUAAAGAAUGGCAAAAUCUUACUAGCAAAAGUAGAACUGGAGAAGAGACAACUGCAGGAGAAGCUUACUGAUUUGGAAAAGGAAAAGAGCAACAUGGAAAUAGACAUGACAUACCAGCUCAAAGUUAUCCAGCAGAGCUUCGAGCAGGAAGAAGCUGAGCACAAGGCCACGAAAGCGCGGCUCGCAGACAAAAAUAAGAUCUACGAAUCCAUUGAGGAAGCUAAAUCGGAAGCCAUGAAAGAAAUGGAAAAGAAGCUGUUGGAAGAAAGGACUUUAAAACAGAAGGUAGAGAACCUGCUGCUGGAGUCGGAGAAGAAGUGCUCCAUGCUGGACUGCGACCUGAAGCAGUCGCAGCAGAAGCUGAACGAGCUCCUCAAGCAGAAGGACGUGCUCAACGAGGAUGUUAGAAACUUGACGUUAAAGAUAGAGCAGGAAACUCAGAAGCGCUGCCUCACACAGAAUGACCUGAAGAUGCAGACACAGCAGGUGAACACACUGAAGAUGUCAGAGAAACAGCUGAAACAGGAGAACAACCACCUGGUGGAGAUGAAGCUGAGCUUGGAGAAGCAGAACGCCGAGCUCCGAAAAGAACGGCAGGAUGCAGAUGGGCAGAUGAAAGAGCUGCAAGAUCAGCUUGAAGCAGAGCAGUAUUUCUCCACCCUCUAUAAAACCCAAGUUAGGGAACUUAAAGAAGAAUGCGAAGAAAAGACCAAACUUUGUAAAGAGUUACAGCAGAAGAAGCAGGAGCUCCAGGAUGAAAGGGACUCCUUGGCCGCCCAGCUGGAGAUCACCUUGACCAAGGCGGACUCCGAACAGCUGGCUCGCUCAAUUGCUGAAGAACAGUAUUCCGAUUUGGAAAAGGAGAAGAUCAUGAAAGAGCUGGAGAUCAAGGAGAUGAUGGCCAGACAUAAACAGGAGCUCACUGAGAAGGACGCCACCAUUGCCUCGCUUGAAGAAACAAACAGGACACUAACUAGUGAUGUUGCCAAUCUUGCCAACGAGAAAGAAGAAUUAAAUAACAAAUUGAAAGAUGCUCAAGAGCAGCUAUCAAGGCUGAAAGACGAGGAGCUAAGUGCCACAGCUGUUAAAGCACAGUUUGAGAAACAGCUGUUGACAGAGAGAACGCUCAAGACUCAGGCUGUGAAUAAGUUGGCUGAGAUCAUGAAUCGAAAAGAACCUAUCAAGCGUGGCAGUGACACAGACGUGCGAAGGAAAGAGAAGGAGAAUAGAAAGCUGCACAUGGAACUGAAGUCUGAGCGAGAAAAAUUGACCCAGCAGAUGAUCAAGUACCAGAAGGAACUGAAUGAAAUGCAGGCUCAAAUAGCUGAGGAGAGCCAGAUUCGAAUUGAACUGCAGAUGACACUAGACAGUAAGGACAGCGACAUCGAGCAGCUGCGGUCGCAGCUCCAGGCCCUGCACAUUGGCCUGGACAGCUCCAGCAUCGGCAGUGGGCCAGGGGACACGGAGGCAGAGGACGGGUUUCCAGUUCGCCUUGCUCAGUCUCACACCGUGCAGUCCAUGUCCUUCUCCUACCAGCACUCCUCCACUUGUCUCAGUGUGGCCACCAGGUCUUCUGGUCCUCACGCACUCCUUGACUCAGACUCGGACUCGGACUCGGAAGAGCCUUUGGCUUACUUGCCCAUUCCAUCGGAGCCCAGUGGUACAGAGUCAAGAUUAGAAGGAUGGCUUUCGUUACCUGUGCGAAACAACACGAAGAAAUUUGGAUGGGUUAAGAAGUACGUGAUUGUGAGCAGUAAGAAGAUUCUUUUCUAUGACAGUGAACAAGAUAAAGAGCAGUCUAACCCUUACAUGGUUUUAGAUAUAGACAAAUUAUUUCAUGUCCGACCGGUUACACAGACGGAUGUCUAUAGAGCAGAUGCUAAAGAAAUUCCAAGGAUAUUCCAGAUCCUGUAUGCCAAUGAAGGAGAGAGCAAGAAGGAACAGGAGUUUCCAGUGGAACCAGUGGGAGAGAAAUCGAAUUACAUCUGCCACAAAGGGCAUGAGUUCAUCCCCACCCUGUACCACUUCCCGACCAACUGCGAGGCCUGCAUGAAGCCACUGUGGCACAUGUUCAAGCCCCCUCCCGCUCUGGAGUGCCGCCGCUGCCACAUCAAAUGUCACAAAGACCACUUGGACAGAAAGGAAGAGAUCAUAGCGCCGUGCAAAGUGUAUUACGACAUAUCCACGGCAAAGAAUCUGCUGUUACUCGCCAACUCCACAGAGGAGCAGCAGAGGUGGGUGAGCCGCCUGGUGAAGAAGAUCCCUAAGAAGCCCCCAGCACCCGACCCCUUUGCGCGUUCGUCACCCAGGACCUCCAUGAAGAUCCCGCAGAACCAGUCGGUCCGGCGGCCCAGCCGGCAGCUUGCCCCCAACAAGCCCAGCUAACUGCCUUCUAUGCAAGCCAUCAUCUGAGGCAACCACACUCUUCCAGGUAAAACAAGACUGAAAUGUGAUGGCCCAGAACUCAGUAAAAAGCUGUAUUCUCCCGAGGGACGGACACACACACACACACACACACACACGUGCACACACAAUCGUUCCCUUUUUCCUGUAAUGUAAGUUACAGAUCCUGGAGCCGUUUCUGGGCUUCUUUGGAACAAGGGGAGCUGGCUCCUAGAGAAGGGCGCCAUGGCUCUUCCUCCACACUUGCUGCCUGAAGCUUCCUUGGCGACACUCACACUACAUUGCACACGGCGUGGAGGAGCUCCGUCGUAGGAGACAUCUGUCACGUCCAAGAGUGCUCUCACCAGCACCCUGAGCAGCGGAGUCUGGCUUGGACCCCAGUACAGUGUCGUUGCCCCCUCUUGAGCCGUGACCCCAACACUGUACCCAUGUGUACUGUGACACCGCCAGAGGGGCCGUAGACGCCCAGCGUGUCUUUCACAUCCACUCAUCCGACCUCCUACUUCAGUUGCAACUACGCACUGCGUAAGCCAUAGCAUCAUUGGCCUCCCUCACCACGCCAGUGGAAACUGCAUGCUCGUGGUAAGCAGUUACUGUAAAAGAGCUUGGGCUCUUCUGUCUCCUCAUGUUUCAUGGUAGGCAACUUUACCCACUUUGGAUGCCUUAACUUAAUUUUUUUUCAAAGUUUCAGCCCUUUUCUGUAUUUAAGAAAAAAAAAAAAGGACAAGUGUUUACCAGCUCUUAGGGUGCAAACUUGCAUUGUGGAAGAAAGUGCACAUGUUGUGUGUAAAAUACUAGUAUUUCACACGUCCCAGUCAGCAUCAGCCUGCUUUGGUGGUGGUGUUGGUGCAUGUUGUUUCAGUGGGUUUGUCAUAGAAACGGUGAGGGCUGGCAUGGGACCUCUCCCACCCUCACACACCUCCUAACAGCCCUGACCCAGAAACGCUGGCUUCCCUUGGAAUUCGCUGGCUGCGCUGGGUGGUUUUCUAUUUCUGGUAAAGACAUUUGUGACUAUUUUUACAUUUUCACUCAAGAUUCAAAACUUGUAUCAAAUAUAAAGAAAACUAAGGUGUACUGUAGAUAUAUUUUAAAUAUUUAAAUGUGAUCCUCAAACACACAACUGUGUAUGACAAUAUUUCAGUGCUGGGCCAGGGAACUGGGGAGAAGCAGCCUCAGGGAACUGGGGAGAAGCAGCCUCAGGGUGCUGACCUUGGCUGUACCUUUCCAGUGCGCUGAGGGUGGGUUCCAGUGGGACAUCCCAGGUAGAUGCGCCUUGUGCCACAGCAGGAGGCCACAGUGACCAGUGUCACAGCAAAGCCCGUGCAGCCUGGUCUCAGCCUCUGCACUGUGUCCGGACAGUCUGGUACGGUUCUGAGCUGCAGCAUCCAGUGUUCAGUGAAGGAAGAAAGCAUUUCCCAUUGCUUCCCUCUGGGUCACAGCAAAGUGUGGUCGAGCUCGCUGUGCACUCGACGCCAUUGUAGAAACCAGCGCCUGCCCAGCUCAAUGGCCUGCGGUGCCCUGGCCUCCCUCCUGCACCCCACGCGUCACUCCUGCCACUGCCACAGCCACCGUGCGAGACUGGGCAGGCGCCCUCCAGGGAAACCGCUGCCCGGGCCCAGCACAGUGGCCUGGGUUUUUUAAAAGUCAGAUUAAAAAAUAAAUAUAUAAAAUUUAUAUAGAAGAGAUAUUUCCACUCAUUAGAGUUGUUUAAAAGGAGACUGAAUUAAUAUUUUAUAUAAAGAUUUUGUUACACUAUGGGAGGUUCUAUCCUAUUAUUCUGAAUUGGAGAGUAUAUAUAUAUAUAUAUAUAUAUAUUUUUAAUAAACUUUAUUAAGGUGAAAUAAUUUCAAGUUUACACAUGAGUAAUUGAAGUAUUUGAGUAAAACAGGCAAAAGUUUAAAUUUUGAAUGCUAUAUAUAUAUAAGGAGAAUCAUGGUGUGAUACAACUGUGCAGGGAAAACUGAUGUGAAGGGUGAGGGGAAGAACGCUCUGAGGGGUGCAGACAGUCUCCAGGGGCUGACAGGGAACGAGACGGUGCAUGUCUGACUGACGGGAUCUGGGAUCAUCCAGGAUCUGGGAGUGAGCACCCGCUGCUGCCACCCCGCCUCCCGCACCACAAGUGUGGAGCACCCCGACUUCGCGCCACUUCUCUUCCUUAGGGCCCCGAGACUUCCAGGAUAGAUGUUUAUAAGACCAGUGUUUGUAUUCCCACACCUGAUUCUCCGAGAGCCGUGAAUACCUCCUAUUGGAACUCAGAAAUAGUGGAUACUGGGGUUUUCUCAGUUGGAUUUUUACUUUUGUUUUGUGGGGAUAGCAAGACAGAAGGAGAAGGAAAACUAGUGCUGGUAUUAACUGUUGAAAGUUAAUGUAUAAUGAAUUUUAAAGUAUUUUUUAAAACAUGCUAUCUAGAAGCAAGAUGUUUUUUAAGAAAAUAAAAUUUAUCUCAAAGUUUAAA